GUGGAAAGUUUCACAGUCAGUUUUUCAUCCGGUGCCUCGCAGGACGUUGAUCUGGUCGUAGAUACUAAGUCAAACGUUGUGAGAUCCGUCAAAAAUUUUAAAAAAACGCAGGGAGGCGUUAGCACCUCUAGUCUGAAGCAGAACUAGCUGUACGGGGCAGACAGAAAAAAAAAAGCUGGCCGCUUGCAACAGAGCUUUGACCAUCGGGCCAGCAAGAAGAUAAAGGCGAAAACUGGAAAGCCACCACGGAUUUCUUGUGGGACAAACGUACAGGCCUCGCUGCUAAAACGAUGCCUCACACUAGACGGUAUUCGUCUUCGGACAGAGACAGUCGAAGCAGCUACCAGGACCGUUACAGAGACAGAGACAGGGACAGGGACAGAGACAGAGGGCGAAGACACCGGCACAGAAGAUCGCCUACUUACACUUCCAGCAGUGACAGAGACCGAGACAGAAGGGGGCGGGGACACAGACAGGAAGGGAGCUAUGCACGCUCAAGGAGUCGUAGUUUUGACAAUCGCUCAACGGAGCACCGGCCAUUUGACCGAAGAUACUGCGAUCGAGACCGCGACAGAGAAAGGGAGCCACAUGGAGCAACCGAAAGUUACUAUCCACGCGACUUCUCCCCAAAUAUGUAUGACUACCGACGCGGCCGUGAGAGGGAACGCGAACGGGAUGAGUCGUAUAGGCGGAAAGGCAGCAGGCGUAAGCACAAACGAAGGCGGCGUAGAACCAGGUCCUAUAGCCCAUCCUCCUCGCGGAGCGACAGCCGGACGCGGGCACUGAGUGUGAGGGACGACGAGGAAGGGCACCUGAUCUGUCGGAGUGGGGACGUCCUGCAAGAGAGAUAUGAGAUUGUCAGUACUUUGGGGGAAGGCACCUUUGGGAGGGUGAUGCAGUGCAUUGAUCAUCGCAGGGGAGGAGCACAUGUCGCACUGAAAAUCAUCAAAAAUGUGGAGAAGUACAAGGAAGCAGCUCGCCUGGAGAUUAAUGUAUUAGAGAAGAUCAACGAGAAGGACCCUGAUAACAAAUUCCUGUGUGUACAGAUGUAUGACUGGUUCGAUUACCACGGUCACAUGUGUAUCUCCUUUGAGCUGCUAGCCCUCAGCACCUUUGACUUUCUAAAGGAAAACAACUACCUGCCCUACUCAAUUGGUCAGGUCAGACACAUGGCCUACCAAAUCUGUCUCGCUGUGAAAUUUCUCCAUGACAAUAAACUGACACACACAGACCUAAAGCCUGAGAACAUCCUGUUUGUCAACUCAGACUUCACAAUGUCGUACAAUGUAGAGAAGAAACGAGAAGAGCGGACGGUUAAGAGCACAGCAGUCCGUGUAGUGGACUUUGGCAGCGCCACUUUUGACCAUGAACACCAUAGUACCAUUGUGUCCACUAGGCAUUACCGUGCCCCUGAGGUCAUACUAGAGCUGGGCUGGAGCCAUCCCUGUGAUGUGUGGAGCAUUGGCUGUAUCCUGUUCGAGUACUACCUGGGCUUCACCUUGUUUCAGACUCAUGACAACAGGGAGCAUUUGGCCAUGAUGGAGAGAAUCCUGGGACCAGUGCCCUCUAGGAUGAUUCGUAAGACAAGGAAGCAGAAGUAUUUCUAUCGUGGUCGUCUGGACUGGGAUGAGAGUUCCUCAGCGGGGAAAUACGUCAGAGAAAACUGUAAACCCCUGCGGCGGUAUCUGCUGUCAGAGGCGGAGGAGCACCACCAGUUGUUUGACCUCAUUGAAAGCAUGUUGGAGUAUGAGCCCUCGAAGAGGCUGGUGCUGGCUGACUCCCUCAAACACCCUUUCUUUGAGAAUGGUGGCAUUGGCGAGGCAGCAGGCAGCAAAAACUGGGAGGGCAACCGAGACAUCAGCCGGUGACCCAUGAGCCUCCAAAGACUGAAUGACAGAGGAGAUCAAGUCUUUUAUAUGUGGAACAGGUGAACUGUUGAAUUGCUAGGGGCUUCAGAUGUUUUCUGUCGUUAAUCAUUAAAGCAUGGACAUCUUAACUUCUUGCUCCUCCAUCCCGUCCCUCUGAUGUCCACCUCUGCAGCCACAAGGGGAAUGUUUUUUUUUUUUGUUGUUGUUUUUUUUUUUUGCAGCAGCAGAGACCAAAACAACUCACAAAAGACUGGAAAAGGGUCAAAAUUAAUCUUUUGUAGUUGUCACAGCCUCAGUACAGGACAAAAACCUUAAAUGGAAGAGCGUUUGUACCCAAAGUAAGCCUCUAUGCAGCUCCGGUCUUCCUUUUGACUUCUGAACCACCUUUGUCCCUUCCGUCCGCCCGUCUAUGAAUUUCAUCAGCAUGUAAAGAAAAUAAUUCACUGAAGAAAUGAGCACUACUACAGUCGGUCAUAAAAAACUCAGUUUUGGAUAAGAAAUAUCUUCUGAUUCUGAAGUCUAAGGAAAGGGUAAAAGGGAGAUUGAGCUGUAUAUGCAGUGCGAGUCCUCACCCAAGUAAUUCUAAACAUGGAGACAUAAUCUAUUAUGCUAACAUCAAAUUAGUAAAUUUGAAUAUCAUAUUUCCUUGGAAAUUGCAAGUAUCCCCAGCAGAGCCAAGUGUCUCAAGUUUUUGUUUACGUUUUUUGUUAGGUGAGCACUUGAAUUGCAUAUAAAUUUUCAUGUUUCUUUUUUAUGUAUAAAAGGAUUACCCCCUAUAUGGAGACUUACCCUUAAUCCUUGGUCAUUAGGCCUGUUAUUAUUUGCCAAUGAGAUGAUAAUGGUGAUGGACACUCCACACACAGGCCUUUGUAGCCUGUCUUAUUGAUAUAUAUACUGUUUGUUAUGGUAUGCAAUGCUUUCUGGGUGUGAGUGAGUGCGUGCCUGUGUGUGUGCGUGUCUGUGUGUGUGUGUGUGUGUGUUUAGAGGUGUGGAUGGAGUGGCUGACAUUUCCAUGGUAAUGUUUUGCUCAGAGACUUCUUAGUAGUUCAGCAUUAGUCAUGGGAAUAUUAUCACAUACUUUCAAACACAAAAAAACAAACUGCCUUUUUCCAUGUGUGAUAUGGUCAGACCUGAAGUCUCUCCACUGAGGUUAAGCACACAGCUCCUGGUGGUAGCCAGUGAGCCACACACAACUCCGGUUGACAUAUUUAUUUUGACUUCCAAUAGGUCAUAGUCCCCACCUCCCACCUGUAAAGUUGGACUUGUUUUUUUUGUAUGAAAUUAAAGCGUAUAAAAUUGUAUAUAUGUAUGAUUGUGUAGAAUUAAAGUUAAGUCCUUCUUGCCAGAGGCUUAUGGUGUUCUCAGUAUCAGUUUGGGCCUCUGGUAGCUAAAAGGAGGCGUUCUGUCUUUAAAAACCACCACUGUGUCCGAGUCCAUCUCCUACCUCACUGACUAAUACCAAUGCUGGAUUAUUGGCAAAAAGAUCAAAGGGGUGGCUGAAAUGCGAUUGUGGACAAAAGGAGAAACUUGUCUCUAAAUGUUUGAUUGUAGUCCUUUCAAACAACAAGAUGCUUAUUUUGUUUUUAAAGUUGGAUUGCAGGGGUUAGACCUUAGACCUUCAAGCCAGUUACUUGUGGCUCGAAGAACCUUCUAGUUUUUAGUGCAAAGCUUGCAGGGACCCUGGAGCCGAUCUUGACCUUUCCAAAAAUGAAACUACUUUUGACCACAGGUAAGUGCUCUUAGCAGUCACAUGCACGGCUGACGUAUGCUUCCCAUUAUCGUGUUAAUUUCCGUUUAAAAACUAACCUCUUUCUUUUCCUUCCAAAACCUAAGCUCAGCUGUCACCCUGUCAGGACAGGAGGGGAGGGAAACGGGUGAUCUGCUGCAGCAGGAGUUUCGAUGCUUCGUCACACAAGCUUCACCAUCUGUCGGGGGAAGAAAGAAAUCCUCUUUGUGUCAAAAGCAACACCUUCCACUUCUCGGUCUGUCCACGCUCCAUCUGUCUGGCCUCCGCU